AUGGAAUUACGACUGGGAUUUAGGAUCAGCCUGGUCUUGGUCAUCCUGGCCUUGACUCUUUUGGGCGAGAAGGUGGAAGCACAGAGGGCAGGAUGCAAAAAUGUCCACUAUGACUUGGCGUUUAUCCUGGAUACCUCAUCCAGUGUUGGAAAAGAGAACUUUGAGAAGAUCCGGCAAUGGGUGGCCAACCUUGUAGAGUCUUUUGAUGUGGCACCCGAAAAGACAAGAGUCGCCGUGGUUCGCUACAGUGACAGACCCACCAUCGAGUUCAACCUGGGCAGACACAGGACCCUGGAGGACGUGAAGCGAGCUGCCCGUAACAUACGCUACCUGGGGGGGAAUACAAUGACCGGGGAUGCUAUCAGCUACACCACCGCCAACAUCUUCACGGAGAGGAAUGGAGCGAGGCCCAUAGCCAGAGGCAUUCAGCGGGUGGCCAUCCUUCUCACAGAUGGUCGAAGUCAGGAUUAUGUUCUGGAGCCGUCUAAGGCAGCCGCCAAAGCUGGCAUCAGGAUGUUUGCCGUGGGCAUCGGGGAGGCAUUGAAGGUGGAGCUGGAGGAGAUCGCCGCCGAGCCGAAGAACGCCCACGUCUUUCAUGUGACGGACUUUAACGCCAUUGACAAGAUCAGGGGCAGGCUGAGGAGGAGGCUGUGCGAGAAUGUCCUGUGUCCAAACAUGAAGGUUCAACCUGAUCGGUUUAAGCACAACAGCACCAGUUAUGGUCUUGAAGAAGUUCCAGGGUUCGACCUGAUGGAGUACUUCAAUGUGAGAGAUAUUCUGGGAACCAGAGAGGACGAUGGCCAAAGUUCUUAUGUUCGCCUUGGCACCAUGCCCAUUGUACAGCAAACAGAGGACGUGUUUCCUCAAGGCUUGCCCGAUGAAUAUGCCUUUGUGACGACAUUCAAGUUCAGAAAAACCUCACGACGUGAAGAUUGGUACCUGUGGCAGGUUUUUGACAAAUAUGGGAUCCCACAGGUGUCCAUCCGCCUGGACGGCGAGAACAAGGCGGUGGAGUACAACGCUGUCGGCCUAACAAAGGAUGCUGUCAGAGCUGUGUUCAAGAACCCUGAAGUUGACAACCUGUUUGACCGCAGCUGGCACAAGAUCGCCCUCAGCGUGGAGGCCAAGUCUGUGUCUCUGUACCUGGACUGCAAACACAUCCAGACUCUGCCCAUUGAAGACAGGGAGGACAUUGACAUCCAGGGGAAGACAGUGAUUGGGAAGAGGCUGUAUGACAGUGUGCCAAUUGACUUUGACCUCCAGAGGAUGACAAUUUACUGUGAUUCUAAGCACGCCGAGCUGGAAACCUGCUGCGAUCUACCCAAUGGACCUUGCCCUAAGAAAGUUGUUACAGAGGCCCCCCCUGUGCAAAUCCCCACUCCAACGCCCACGGUUGUGGAGCAACAGAGAGGUCCUGAAGUGAACUGCUCCUGCCCUGCUGGAGAGAAGGGAGAGCUCGGCGCACCUGGUGUCGCAGGUCCUAAGGGUGAAAAGGGUGACACUGGCUCUAAGGGUGCCGUCGGACUGGCUGGAAUCAAAGGAGAAAAAGGAGAAACUGGCAAAGUAAUCUCUGUCAAAGGUGACAGGGGGGAGAAGGGCGAUACAGGCAGCUUAGGGUUGACAGGUGCUCCUGGACAAAAGGGAGAGAAGGGAGUUGGUGGUGUGCCAGGUAUUGAUGGCUUAUCUGGAGACAAAGGAGAUAAAGGUGAAACAGGAGUGGCUGGUCAUCCAGGCCUGCCAGGCCCAGCUGGACUAAAGGGAAUUCAGGGGGAUGCAGGAAUUCCUGGGUUGCCCGGACCAAAAGGUGUCACUGGUGAAUCAGGUGUAAGAGGUGAAAAUGGAAUUCCAGGAGCCAGGGGCGAGGCAGGUUUGGAUGGAUUACCUGGCAAACCUGGUGUUCCGGGGAAAGAUGGAUUGAGAGGACUGGUCGGUGCACCUGGGGCCAGCGGAAUUAAAGGCGACAAGGGGGAGAGAGGACUUCCCGGAUUACCUGGGGAUGUGUUUCAACAAGAAGGCUUAAGGGGUGAAAAGGGAGAUGCUGGACCUCCUGGGCCUCCAGGGGCUGAUGGCCCCCCAGGGCCUGCUGGUCCUCAGGGGCAUCAGGGUCUACCUGGGGAACCUGGAGAGUUCGGCCAGAGGGGAAAGAAAGGUGAAAGUGGAUUGCCCGGAGUGGACGGCCUUCCCGGACCCCCAGGUCCUCAGGGUCCACCUGGUCCACCAGGAAACCAAGGACACACAGGACCUCCUGGUCUACCUGGUGAAAUAGGAUUUUCAGGCAAGCCUGGAGAGCCUGGAAAGCCUGGUCUUCCUGGUAAAGACGGUCUGGAUGGUCUGCCUGGAAAUGAUGGUGCCAUGGGGCCCAGGGGAGAGCGUGGAGCAGAUGGUUUUCCUGGCAAGCCUGGACCUAAGGCCGAUGAUGGGCCUCCCGGACCAAGAGGACCUCCAGGGGAGAGAGGAGAACCUGGUUCACCUGGACAGCCAGGUGCUGAUGGAGCCAGAGGAGACAGGGGUGUUCCGGGAGAAAGAGGACAGGAUGGACCAUUUGGGCCAAAAGGUGAAAAGGGCGACAAGGGUGAAGUGGGAGCUCGGGGACCGCCCGGCGCUCCAGGAAAUGUGGCAAAUGUGAUCCCUGAACCUGGUGAACCUGGAACUCCUGGAGAGAAGGGAGAGAAGGGGGAUCAAGGCAAGCCAGGGGAGAUGGGUCAAAGAGGGUUACCUGGUGAACAAGGCUUUAAGGGACCACCUGGACCAGUGGGUCCAAAGGGCGACACUGGACUUACAGGAGAAGUAGGACGUGUUGGAGACCCUGGUCCACCUGGCAUAGCUGGUCCUCAAGGUCCUCGUGGGUUACCAGGGAAUGUGGGCAUACCAGGGAUCAUUGGGCCUCCUGGUCCAGCUGGGCAGAGAGGAGACAAGGGAGAUCCAGGUAAACCAGGGCAAGCAGGUCCCACAGGCUCACCCGGAGAGCCCGGUUUGAUUGGACCUCCUGGACCACCAGGGAAGGGGAAAGAUGGGCAAAGUGGAGAACCAGGACCACAGGGAAUUCAAGGACCCCCGGGGCUAAAGGGCCAACCAGGGUCACGAGGAGAACCGGGGUUGCCAGGGGACAGGGGUCCUGCAGGAGAAGGCAAAGUGGGACCACCGGGGCCUCCAGGACAAAAUGGAGAACCAGGACCUGCGGGCUUGAGGGGUUCACCAGGAGUCGCUGGUCCUCAGGGCCCAGCAGGACAUAAUGGUUUACCAGGAAGGCCAGGAGAAAAGGGAUCACCAGGAGAGCCUGGAAAGGCAGCAGACCUCUCUGACCUAAACCUGAAGGACGUUUGCUCAGACUGCCCUGCAGGUCCGCCUGGACCACCCGGUCUGCCAGGAGUCCCAGGGGACAAAGGACACCAGGGACCUCCAGGGAAAGAUGGUCAAGAUGGUUACCAAGGCCCGCCGGGACCAGCCGGACCUCAAGGGCCCUCUGGAGCUGACGGUGGAAAGGGUGUUAAAGGUGAUCGAGGACCUUCCGGGGGCCCUGGAGACAAAGGAGACAAGGGUCACCCAGGACCCCCUGGCCAUCCAGGUACUCCUGGCUUGAUUGGUGCACCUGGUAACGAUGGACAGCCCGGUAUGGUCGGCCCCCCGGGGCCCCCUGGAGAAAAGGGCAAAGAGGGUCUCAAAGGAAUCCAGGGACCACCAGGUCUUCCCGGCUUGAUCGGUCAGCCUGGAAAAAUGGGAAAAGAUGGCAGGCCAGGUGAAACAGGAGAACCUGGCAAGCAAGGUGAACCUGGACCAUCAGGACCCCCUGGGCUCAGGGGACUCCCGGGCUUUAAGGGCCACAGAGGAGAACCUGGAGCACCAGGAACGAAGGGAGAAGAUGGAAAGCCUGGAUCACCUGGACGUGAUGGCAAACCUGGGAAGGAGGGCUCUAUGGGACCUCCAGGCAGAGAAGGACUUAGUGGACUAAGAGGAGAGUCGGGCAAGCCAGGUGAACCGGGGCCAUCGGGAAAAGCAGGUCUCCCUGGAACUCCAGGUCUCAGGGGAGACAAGGGAGAGGCCGGCAACCCAGGAUUACCGGGCUUUAGUGGGCCUAAAGGCCCCGCGGGUCCACCUGGUCCCAUUGGUCCAGAGGGAAAACAGGGGAUGCCAGGCAGAGUCGGUGAUCGUGGCUUCAAAGGAGAUAAGGGAGACUAUGGUAUGAAAGGAGAUAAAGGACAAUCAGGAGAACCAGGUAUGCCUGGAAACCCCGGACCCCCAGGCAGAAAGGGCCACACAGGGAUGAUGGGUAUGUCGGGACCACCAGGAGAAAUAGGACCUCCUGGGCCACAGGGGCCUUCUGGAAACCCCGGUCUCCCAGGCCAAAGGGGAGAGUCAGUGUCACUGGAGCAGAUGAGACGGCUCAUCCAGGAGGAGCUGGCAAAACAGUUAGAUGCCAAAAUGGCUUACCUCAUGGCUCAGCUCCAGCCAGCCCACGUGAAGAGUACAGCGGGCCGUCCAGGACCACCAGGCCCUCCGGGUAAGGACGGCAGCUCUGGACGACCUGGCCCCCCAGGAGAGCCCGGUAUGCCUGGACUGAAUGGAGGAGAAGGACCCAGGGGACCCAUGGGCCCUAAAGGUGAGAAAGGAACAAAAGGAGACAAGGGAGAAACUGGUAUCGGUGAAAGAGGAGAGGUUGGACCUCCUGGCCCAAUAGGUCCCGCCGGUCUGCCUGGUUAUGGUAAAGACGGAAGCCCAGGACAAGCCGGGGCCCAGGGAGAGCCAGGAAACCCCGGCCCCCACGGUCAGCCUGGACCUCCAGGUCCUCCUGGCCAAUGUGACCCCAGCCAGUGUGCCUACUACGCCAGCCUGGCACACAGACCCCACACCAAAAACGUCAAGGGGACUUAAGACAGAAGAAACACGAAGAGCUUGAAGUCCAGCUAUAUUUAUGAACUUGGUCGUGUCAGUCAGAAUCAAGAACUUUUCUUUUUCAAGAUAACCUCAGUAUGGAGGGCUGAAGCAAUAUGUGCUGCCGGUCAGAGUCUUUGUUUUGUUUGUUUUUGGUAUGAAGCUCGGGGUGGAUGGGGGAUUAAGCAUCGAGGAACUAUUUCAGAUUUAAUAUGGGGUAAAGAGGGCAGCUAAACAGUUUUUCCUCACUUGCAUGCUUCCUGUGAAACAUAUAGGGAGAUAACAAGGAUGAUGCAAUUCCCUCCUCUUGACCAACACUCCCCCAUCGGGAGUGAAGAUUUGGGAGUCCGAUAUUGGAUUGUUUCAUCAGUAAUUAUCUCAAAAGUUCAGUUAGGCAUUUUCUUGCAGGAAUAUGUCUGUGUCACCGUCGUCUCUCCAGCCUCACACCGUCCUGGGUCAAGCAGUAGAUGUCAGUUACCGCUCACUAAAUUGAUCUCUCACUGGGGAUCUUCCUCCAGUCUAUUGGUAAUUACUCAGCCAAGGGAAUUAUCUGUUGUAUUGUCAUUAAUGGGGAGGGGGGAGGACAAACGGUGUGAGGCACAGUCUCAAAUACCAAUAGUGAUUUUAUGUAGGAGGAGUGUUAAUGAGUUAGUGUGAAGAGUGAUGAAUGACCACAUUUGGUCAUUCCAGCUUGGAGGCACUUCUUGCCUCCAAGCUGGAAGCAUUGUUCUUGUGUAGCCUUGUUUUGGAUAUUGGCAGCCCAGAACAGGCAGAAAAAAACAACUGUUUUUAAAAUCCCCCUUUAACAAAUUGGAAUUUUGCUCAAUUUGUAAAAGCAGCCGUGUCUGAUUUAUUUCGACAGAAACCAAACAAGAUUUUGUUCUGGGAAUAAACCGGAGGCUGCAGAAAUUACUCAUAAAUUAGAGCCUUGGCAUUGUUGUUUCAAGCUUCUGGAGAGAUUUGAAGGAUUUCAUUCCAAAAUUCAGUUUAUUUGCCUAGAAACUGUAACACAGUACCCACACUAUCAAUCAUUUUGGAUGAAUUUGUAUCAUAUAAAGGUGGAUAUCUUCAUUUUGAAAUGAAACUUGCUUGAAAAUCUGUCCAAAAUAGUAAUAACAUGACAUGUAUGCAUAAUUCAUACAUAGCAUGUAAUUUGUUCCAGGCUCACCCACAGAACGCCUAUUAAAGCUUCAUCUAAAAAGAGAGACGUCAGGACAGGGAGAAAUGUCACUGCUAGAUUUGUACUUUUAUGUUUAAUGAAGUGCUUCUGGUCACUCUGGCUUUUAGGGAUGCAUGGACUUGAGCAGUAAACAGAUUUGAGGAGGUGGUAUAAUUGCAGCCUUUGUUCACCUUUCUUGAAAAGCUGCUUGUUUCACUCUGCUUUCUUUGAAUGUGUCGCUUCCUUUCUGUUCGCUGAGGCUUAUUAAGUGCCUAUGCUGUGGCAGUGCCCGGGCAGCUCAGCCCCGCUCUGAAAAGACAUCGCUUUUCUUAUUCGUCCCCUGGAACCUGAAAUUGGAGAGUUGCUUCCCUGCAUCCUGAUGACCAGAGCAUUGUUGAAAGAUGUUUUGCCUUACGCCCCUCAUGGACCAAUUACACCUCUCCCCAACCUCAGCUGUGCUGGUCAUCUCAUUAAAUGGCCUCCUCAAAAGGCAUCACAUUUGUCUUCCUUUCAAAAACAUGAACAAACACGUCAAUACACGCAAGAGCAAAAGGGAAGUGGGCAGCGAUUUUCAAGAAGAUUAUAGAGAAAUCGUAUGUGAGCUUGCUAAGACAGUCUGACCUGCAGGUCAAAGGUUAUCAUGAUGAUGACCAGUGAUGCUUAUCUUCUUGCUCAGGUUACCUAACUAAGCUCAUUCAUAAAGAAUGUGAAGUUGUGGCUGAGACACAGCUAGUUUCAAAGAUGUUGGUAAAGCAGACUGAUGUCGCAGCUGCUCUGGAGGCAGGAGCAAUCUAAUUUCUUGAGGCUAAUAUUUGAAUCAGCCUUGUCAUUUUUGGAAGCAGAAAUAGCAUUCUUCAUCUUCCAAAUGUCUCACUAUAAAUAAAAUGCACCCUAGCUAAAUUGGCUAUGCUCAGGGGUUUUGCUACUAGCCUCACUUGGUCUGGUAAUACCAGUAGCUUAUGUUGGCUAAUAUUAGCUAAGGUUUCCAAAAGGUUCAGUUGAACAUUUACCAUUAUUCUGCAAUGUUCACGUUUGUCCACAUGUGGAAAAUGUGAAAAGUUACAGAAGUGUGGUCUUUAAAUACAAAAUAUUUAAAUGAAAAGCUUUUUUUUUCAUUAAUUCAUACAUUAAUACCUAAAAAUGGUUAGCAUAAAAUUAGCUAACCGGCUACGCUAACUAGCUGCAUUCAAUUUAACAUUAUGUUGCAUUAAAAACUGUAGAUGUUACAGCACCUCAGAGGUUUAACUCAAAGAUUUUUUGUGCCUUCAGAGCAGCUCUGUUUCUGAGAAAUGUUUGUGUCACCAAAGCUGGUCCAGAAUCACGUUUGGUCGCCCGGUAAAUGUGUGAUUGGAACAAAUUACCUGCUCUGUCAAUAUUGCCAUAGCAUUUAACGUAUCUUUCUAUUAGCUGCUUCAGCGGUUUAUUAUUGAACAAGCAAACCACGUCAGUGUUGCCCUUUCUUGGUUUUGUAAAUGCUUCAGUUACCAACAGACAGUGUUACGGGGUCGGAUGGUAAAUUGCUGCACAGAGCAUGAAGUUUUGAAAUGCACACAAGCCAAACAUCUUUCAGCAUUCAAAUUAGCUGUUUAUGGGGAUUGAAAGAUUUUUUUUUAACUUAUACUGCUAAAUUAUUCAUGAUUUCAAACAAUACCAAUGUGUUUUAAUGCAGUAAAACGUAUUAACCCGUUUUCCCCAUGUUUCCUGAUGAAUCGGUGCUAAGCCAUUACAAAUUAGUAGCAUAUUGUAAGUA